AUGUCCACACGAGGAGGGAUACGCAUCGGCACCCCUCCACAUUCGGGUAGCAGCCGAUACUCGCCCCUUCAUGAGGAGCCAGAGAUGGGAGAAUCUUCGCAUCCCGUCUCAGAAGUUACUUCUGCGCCUAUCGCGCCACCACCACCACAGGAUUUUGGGAACCCAAUCCCCGCUUAUGCUAGCGCGGCCGCAUUUAAUCCCUUUGAGCCGACUUUUCCCCCAGCUUUUGGAUACUUAUCGCAUGGAUACCAGCAGCCGCAGCCUCCUCAACCACCGCAGUAUCCGCCACCGCCACAGGCGCCGAUGAUGUCGCCACCGCAAGUUCAAGAAAUCCUUCAGGGGAUAAACGAUGUGCGACGUGCAUUGCGACAUGAAAUGCGGGAAGAUCGCCGACAUAACCGCGGAAUGUUUAAGAAGAUGGUUGAUUUGAUCAAGGGGAAAGGCAAGAAGGAUUAUUAA